AUGCACAACAUCCAUGUCCACAUACCCGCACACGUAGAUGUGUCCCUCUUUGUCGCCAAUUAUAUUCCAGAUCUCUUUCAUGUUAUUCUUCAAGAGAUGGGUGACGUAUAUCUUGUGGUUCUGGUCCCGGGAGAAGGCGGCGUACAGUUUGGUGAGCGUCCCGUCGGCCACCCAUUUGGUGAGCUCCUCCUCGUAGAGGUAGUCUUCGGACUUCUUUCGGCAGCCGAAGUACAAUAUGGUAUCGCCUACGGGUUUGUCGCUCUGCCUCAUGUGCCAGCGCUCCUGAAUGAAGCCCCGGAAUGGCGCCAAACCAGUGCCCGGACCUAUCAUUAUGACGGGCGUCUGCGGUUUGGCCGGCAAUCGGAACUGCGAGCGACGUAUGAAAAUAGGAACCAACACUUUGUGGCCAUUAUCACUCCCCGGCAGCUUAGCCUUCAACCAAUUGGUGGCCACUCCCUUAUUCACGCGAUUAGUGCCCGUCUCAUACUCGACCACAACGGCCGUCACGUGAACCGAAUCGGGAUGCGACGACGAGAUGGAGUAGUAUCGCGGCUGCAGUCGCGGCAACAGUUCCAGCAAAUGAUCCAACGGUGGCUUCACGGACGGCAAGUCCUCCAGAAUGUGGACAAUAGAGCGACAAUUCUUGAUCACCCACUCGGCGUACAGCUGUUUGCCCUCAUCGGUGGGCGAACUGAUCUUCUUGAGGAAAGCCUUGUCCUCUUCGUUCGUCGCGUAUUCCGAGAUUUCUUUCAACACAUGAGUUCUGGGAGUACUCGUGAUGUCGGUGUAGAACUUCUUCAGCGCAAACACUUUAUUCAAAUCCAUUUCCAGCAGUUGUCCGAUGCGUUCGACCAAAUUGGUGUCGUUCUUGGGAUAGACGGCCACAUGAUCUCCGGCCUCAUAUCUGGACAAACAGUUGGUCAGCACAGAGUUAAGUCGAGCCACUUCUCCGUGAAAUACUUUGUCAUCAGAGAUAGUGUUGUCGUCGUCAUAGGAGAUGAGUUCGUAUUGUCUGGAACUGACUUCCUCUCCGGUCUGCAAAUCGAAUUUCAUUUGGACGUCACGUCAUACGCCAUAAAGUGCAUACUUCGCGUCGUCAUCUCCCAGUCCCAACUCGUAGACCCGGGUGGCGCCCAACUCCUCGAGCCUCACGUCCAGAUCUGCGCCACCGUUUUGGAGCCAUUCGUAAAACUCUUGUGCGUUAUCAGUGGGAUCUCCCUCACCAUACGUGGCCACCGCGAACACGGCGAUCGAGUUCUCGAUUUCAGUCAACUUCGAGAGCUCCUCCAUAUCGCACUCUUCGGGGUCGGCGACCAUCGCUUUCAUACCAUAACGCGUGGCCUCUUUGGCCAGACGGGCGGCAAACUCUUCGGCGGUUCCCGUUUGGGAGCCAUAAAACACGACCACAUUUCGGCCCUAUUUUGGCAAUUAAUUACAAUUACAAAACACAUCGUUAUAAAAGUUAAUUCACUGAAUACUAACCCCAGACUUCAUUUUGCUAAUAAAACCCGAUUCCGAGACACUUCUCGUGAGCGUCGUCCUAUCUGUGAGAGUCUGAGACCGCGGAACCACUAA